CUGCACCUCGUGACGGUGAUGACCGUCGGCGGAGGGAACAGUGUGUUAAAAUGAUCCGGGGCGUUUAAACGCGGAUCAGAGGAGCCGGGCUGCGGACCUGAACACAGCGGGCAGGGGACGAUGCUCGGUCGGCUAUGAGACACAGGGAGCCAUGGCGGGCUGGCACCGGGAAACCGCCUCUUCUGUCGGCUUGUUGUUGCUGCUGCUGUCGGCUCUGAGCUCCGGGAGACCGCAGGAGAAAUGUCCAGGAGACAAGUCCUGUCAGUCCCCGAGGCCCCCCGUCGUCCUCAUUCCAGGAGAUCUGGGAAACCAGCUGGAGGCGAAGCUGGACAAACCCAGCGUGGUUCACUACAUCUGCUACAAGAAGACCGACGUCUACUUCACUCUGUGGCUCAACCUGGAGCUGCUGGUUCCCGUGGCCAUCGACUGCUGGAUCGACAACAUCAGGUUGAUCUACAACAGAACCACCCACAGCACCGAGGCGCCGCCCGGCGUCGACAUCCGGGUCCCGGGCUUCGGCAAGACGUUCUCGCUGGAGUACCUGGACCCCAGUAAACGCAGCGUGGGCAUGUACUUCUUCAGCAUCGUCCAGGCGAUGGUGGAGUGGGGCUACACCAGGGAUGAUGAUGUUAGAGGAGCGCCGUACGAUUGGAGGAAAGCCCCCAAUGAGAAUAAAAAGUACUUCCUGAUGCUGCAGCAGAUGAUCGAGGAGAUGGCGGAGAAGGCCGGGGGGCCGGUGGUGCUCAUCGCUCACAGCAUGGGCAACAUGUACACGCUGUACUUCCUCAACCAGCAGCCGCAGGCCUGGAAGGACAAAUACAUCAAGGCCUUCGUCUCUCUGGGGCCACCGUGGGCCGGCGUGGCCAAGACCCUCCGAGUGGUCACCUCUGGUGAUAAUAAUCGCAUCCCAGUGAUCAGCCCUCUGAAGAUUCGCACUCAGCAGCGAACUGCUGUUUCCACCAACUGGCUGCUCCCUUACGCCCAUUCUUGGCCCAAAAAUAAGGUGUUGGUCCAGACGCCCAAAACCAACUACACCGUUCAGGACUACCAGCGGCUCUACUCGGACAUCGGCUUCGAGGACGGCUGGCUGAUGCGUCAGGACACCGAGUCGCUGGUGGCCGACCUGAGGCCGCCCGGAGUGGAGGUCCACUGUUUGUACGGCACCGGCGUUCCCACGUCCGAGGCCUUCCAGUAUUCGGACAAGUUCCCCGACGUGGAGCCCACGGUGGUGUACGGCGACGGCGACGGGACGGUGAACCUGCACAGCGCCAUCCAGUGUGGACGGUGGGCCGGGAAGCAGAAACAGCCAGUGAUGCUGAAGGAGCUCUCCGGGAACGAACACGUCAACAUGCUGUUGAACUUCACGACCGUGGCUUACAUCAAGACCGUGCUGUUCUCGCCGUGACGACGCCGGCAUGGAGGCGGCGGCAUCAUGCUCGCAGUGUAAUAUUUAAACUUUGUACUGACAGGAACCGACUCACCUCACCUCCAAAAACACUGACUGCCAAAUAUUCCCCCCAUCCUUGUUCACGCCUCAUCGUUUCAAUAAAAGUGUUCAGAUUUUAUAGGACGGAGGUAAAUUUUAGAUUAAUUUUAUAUCUAGCCGCGGUCCUACAGUUUACGUUGAUGUCAGGUUGUUUACCGUCGAGCAAACCAAAAUGCAAUGACUUUUAUAUCGGUCUCAGAUUUUAAAUAUUUAACCAACGUGCUCUGAUAAAGGAAAGUCUAAAAGCAGGGAUCCACUGUUUGUGCCACUUGAUCCCAGUUUUAAUAAUAAUGUUGUGAACGAGAUUUCUGAGCUCCUCUGACUGUAAUCGUGUUAAAAUAAAGGUAAAUAGUAAAGCACAGACUGUAUUAUGAUCCCUCUCAGUGCGACUAAAUGAUUAUUUUUAUGACAACAGCUUGCGUUAUGCUUUUCCAGUUUUUUGUACUUUGAUUUCUGUUGAUAUUUUUGUUGAUUUUAUUGUUUUAUCCACGUUAGACGAGUCGAGUGCUGAAGGAUCGAAAACAAAGUUGCUUUUUUAAGAGCUUUUAAGUGCAUUUUUGGAGCUUAAUCAACGGAAAUAGGUGCCAAAGGCCACGAGAUGCUAGUGAAUGUUCCAGAAAAGGCUACCAAGUGGACUUUUUUUGUGUUAGAUGACAAGAUUUUGACAAAGAAAUCUGUACUUACUGGCUUUUCUCAUGUUUAGGUGUCACUUUGGUUAAGCAGCUCAUGAGAAGUAAGUGAAAGCAGCAGAUAAUCUAUUAAAUUGAGUUCUUAUUUAGUCAUUUCACACUUCCUGGGAUCUAAAAAUAAGCUUUUACAGUCACAUUUUAACAGUUUAGAGAAGUUAAACUCCUGCUUUCUGUUGUUUUCUUUGCUAAAUUGAAAGUGAUGGAGUGUUUUUUUAAUGUUUAAUCAAAUAAAUUCGCUAUAUUGAGCAUAGGAAUAUUUGGUUUUCAUCAUGAACUCCUGCAUAUCAAUCACAAAGGAACAUCUCUGACUUUUUUCGCCGGUUCUUUUAACAUCUUUCCUGGAUUUAUUUCGACCCAGACUGGACUCGCACUUGGAUAAAUGUGUGGACUCAUAAUGAGGAUCGUGUCUUUUAUUGUUAUUAUUUGUUGAUUCCUCUGUGUUUUGACGGAUGUUCUGGUGGAAAUGAUUGCUGUGCCAUGCAGCCCUCACAGGGUGGACCAACACGAGGUCACGUCUGCUGUGAUGUGUAACGUCAUGAACAUGUGUUGCCUUCUGUAGAGUGAAAUAUUUCAAAUCUCACAUCCGGAUGCUGAGUUUUUAAUCCGGUUAAACGUUGGUCUCAUUUCAAGUUGAAAAACUGCAGAAUAAAAACAUAGUUUCUUCAUGAACUGGUCA